AUGAGGCCAACUGCAUCACCACCGCCGAAGUCAAACGCGAAGCCCGCAAAUGCCAACUACUCCUCCUCACCGCACCAACGCUCAACUGCCCCCAUGCUGCCCACGGUGUUAGCAGAUGCUCCUGGCACCAAUCACUCUUAUUGGACGUCUCCAAACGAAAUGCAGCACCCGGACUACUUCAGCCGCUGUCCUCCGGUCCUCGCCCCCCACGCUAACCCUUCUUCUUAUCCCCCGCCGCCAUCCUCCACCAUCUUUCCGGCCUUAACAUCUGAUGUGGCGACUCCUGCCAUCACCACCACUGCACAGAAUCCUGACGCAUUAUCAAACAGCAACCUCAUCCCUGCCAACCCCAGUCAUGUGGACUCUAUCCACACCUACCCUCAUUACGAUCGCACCUUCACCUCACGCAUCAACCUGGUCGAACACUUGCGCAUCCAUCGUACAGAGAUUGGCAAACUAAUGUCAGGAGCACCACCCACACCUGCCGCAUCCGCCUCCACUGUCCACACUGCCCCCGCAUAUUCGCCCAUCUCAUUGGCCUACUAG